AGAGCUCUGAAGAUGAACACACACCGUGUGCAGUUUAAGGUCAGGUAUCUGUAAAUGAAUAAGACAAUCAAAUACAUGUUCUAUGUUAAUGUAAUCUUCAUAGAAAGACUUCUUUUCUCAGUGUUUUCAGUUAUGCUUGUAAUACAAUCUGCCUGUCUUAUUCAUUAAUUAUUUAAUUUCUGAUAUUCCUCAUGGAUGAUAAAUUAAAUGUAACAUAUAUAACUCUUGUUGGGUAUGCGGAAAUGGGCAAAUACAGGUAUUUAUUUGUUUUUAUUAUGUUUACAGUAUAUAUUCUAAACAUCUGCUUUAAUUUCACCAUUGUGAGCCUUAUUUGGAUCCACAAGAACCUCCAUGAGCCUAUGUAUGUUUUCAUUGCAGCUUUGCUACUGAACUCUAUUGUUUACAACACUGCUAUGUACCCAAAGUUGUUAAUCAACUUUUUAUCUGAACAACAGAUCAUAUCAUAUUCAGCCUGUCUCUUACAAUGUUUUGUAUAUUACUUCUUAAGUGCUUCAGAUUUCUUACUGUUGUCAGCCAUGGCCUAUGACAGGUAUGUGUCUAUAUGUAAACCUCUACAAUAUCCAACUAUCAUGAGAAAAACCAUAGUGAGUAUUAUCCUGGGUUUAGCUUGGCUUGUGCCUGCUUGUCAGAUUGCAGUCCCAAUAAUACUGAGUGCUAAUAUGAAACUCUGUAAAUUAACUUUAAAUGCAAUUUUUUGUAACAAUUCAAUUUACAGUCUCUACUGUGUAAGUUCAAGAGAACGAUCUAUAUUUGAUGUGUUUGCUCUCGUAAACUUGGCACUUCUCCCUUUGCUCUUCAUAUUUUUUACAUACACCAGAAUACUUAUAAUAUCCUAUCGAAGUUGUAGGGAAGUCAGGACAAAAGCUGCACAGACCUGUUUACCCCACCUGAUAGUUUUAAUCUGCUUUUCCUGUUUGUGUGCAUAUGAUGUCAUUAUAAUUCAAUUGGAUCUGGAAUCUGAAUUACAUUUAAUAAUGACUUUGCAAGCGUUUUUGUAUUAUCCUCUCUUCAAUCCCAUUAUAUAUGGACUAAAAAUGAAAGAAAUCUCUAAACACCUGAAGAGGUUGUUCUGUCAAACCAAAGUGAUCUAAUGUAUUAAAAGUGAUGUUACAAUAAUAGUGAUGUUAGUGAUGCUAAUGUGCAGUCAUUUCUUCCAUAAUAAUAAUAAUAAUAAUGCA